GUGAUUGGCAGCAUUCGCCAGCCAAUCAUUCGCCAGCUCAUCGCGCGCCAGCCAAUCGGAAGCCUUUCGCAAAGUAGCUCGGUAGUCCGUUUUGAAGCGUCUUUUUGCGAGCAAGUACACAGGAAGAGCGAGGGUUCAACUUUACGCACAGGGGAGGAGAGAGAAAACAAACGUCUCUUUGUGUCGAAACACCGUUUAUUUUUAUUUUUUUACGUCAAGAUCUCCCGCUUAGUCUAUUAUUUUACUUGGAACGCAAAGUUGGAAAAGCUUUCCCCCACACCCCCCACCCCCCCAUCUGGGACGUCCUUAAAGGGAGCUAACCAGCGUUAGCCGUGACUAGCAUGACAGCAAGGGGAAGAGCUGCCAUCAUCAUCCUCAUCAUCCUCAUCCUCCUCCUGAGUUUGACGUCUCCGUCGUUUGAUUUUUAGACGAGUUUGCGGCGACCCCACAUUCAAACCCUCGGCCGUCUAGCGUGUCUGAGCCGUCGGUCGGCGGGCGGAAGGUGUGCGGGUCCCGGGGGUAAACCUGAGCUAAGCUAGCGCUGUCGCUAGCUGGCCUCGUUACGGCUGCGCCGCCGCCGUGUGAAGUCUCGCCAAGCUGCGAGGCGAGUUCGCCCGAGAGGAGCGCCGGAGUUUUUGGGGGGCCGAUUUCGGCCGCACGUCCCGGCCGUUUGCGUGGCGGAUGUAAGCGGAGUCUCUCUCUCUCUCUCUCUCUCUCUCUCUCUCUCUCUCUCUCUCUCUCUCUGUUGAAACUCUACUGUUCCGCAGAUGGGCGCCUCAGACUGGGCCGCCGGCUCACGGCGACAUGGUCCUGGGUUCGAGUCCAGCCCAUCUUCGUGGAGUUUGCGUGCUCUCCCCGGGUACCCCAGUUUCCUCCCUCCGUCCCAAGACACGCACGUCUGCCCUUCUAGUCGCUCAGCAGUUGAAGCCCCGUGGUUCUCCAAUGGAUGAUGAAUACCGCAUAAUCCUGUUGCGGUUGAACCAUUCACUUUUGAUCAUGACAGGAGUUGUCAUCCACCCUUGCAGGAGCACCAUCUCCAGCGGGCCAUCUCGGCACAGCAGGUAUAUGGUGAGAAGCGGGACAACAUGGUCAUUCCGGUCCCGGAGGCAGAGAGCAACAUCGCCUACUACGAGUCCCUCUACCCCGGGGACUUCAAAAUGCCAAAGCAGCUUAUUCACAUACAGCCUUUCAGCUUGGAUACAGAGCAUCCGGACUACGACUUAGAUUCGGAUGACGAUGCUUUUGUGAACAAGCUGAAGAAGAAAAUGGAAAUUACUGCUCUGCAGUUUGAGGAGAUGAUUGACCGACUGGAGAAAGGCAGUGGGCAGCAGCUGGUCAGCCUCCAGGAGGCCAAACUGCUGCUUAAGGAGGAUGACGAGCUUAUCAAGGAGGUCUUUGACUACUGGAACCACAAGAGGAAAAGCUGCAAAGGUUCCUCGCUCAUCCCCAACGUCAAGCAGGAGAAGCGGGACGGCUCAAGUACCAGCGACCCCUAUGUGGCCUUCCGGCGACGGACAGAGAAGAUGCAGACAAGGAAGAACCGCAAGAAUGAUGAGGCGUCAUAUGAGAAGAUGCUGAAGCUGCGACGUGAACUGAGCCGGGCCGUUACCAUCCUGGAGAUGAUCAAGAGGAGGGAGAAGAGCAAGAGGGAGCUGCUGCACCUCACGCUGGAGAUAGUGGAGAAGAGGAAUGGGAUGCCAGACUUUGGUAGCGAGGUGAUGGCAGAGGCUCUAGCUCAACGGGCUCUGGUUAAGCCCGUCUAUACCAUCCCUAUCAUUCCCCUAUCCAGCAACAACCAGUACAGGCACCAAGACCACUUGGACAUGAAGGACUACAAAAAGCCGGAGAAGACGGAGGUGGUCCGGACAAAAAGGAAAUAUGAGAAGAAACCGAAGAUCCCCCCCCUGUCGACACCACAACAUUCAGGUCCCUCUGUGUUCAAUCCCAAGGACCUCAAUCAGUAUGACUUCCCCAGCUCAGAUGAUGAGACCUUCUCACAGAUACAUUCAGGUUCCUCAGAGGCAGAAGAGGAGAAUGACCCGGACGGCUGCUAUGCGUUCCGGAGAAAAGCCGGCUGUCAGUACUACGCUUCUCGAGCAGACCAGAGCAGCAGCUGGCCCUGGGUGAGCCCGUCCGAGGGAGGGCUGGGAGACCCGCGCUUCCGUUUCUGUCUCACCUCGUUGACUGCACCACGACGCUGCAUGGGCUUAGCACGGCGACGCGUGGGCAGAGGGGGCAGGGUCUUGCUGGACAGAGCACACACAGACUUGGACAGCGUCUUUCAGAGCUUGGACUCGGACCCGGAGCCCGAACCACUCGCCUCACCAACUCCCCGAAGCUCACCGCUCCGCAACUCCAAUGCCAGUACCUCAGAAACCAAUACCUCAGACCCGGUCGGCUUCUCCUCACAUCUCCCCUCUACUUCCUCAUCCUCCAUGGACCUUGGUCAGAUUCUGUUUAACAUUAAGUUGUGUCGCUGGAGGCACUUUAGACCACGGACGCUAUCCCAUAAUCCCUCUGGUGGAGGAGAUCUGUCCCGUAGAGGAUUUAGGGGUUUCAGCCGGACGAUGUCAGGACUAGCCCGGACCCUGGGAGGAGCAGCCAAUUCUCAGAACCGCACUGUCCCUGUCCCAGCCCCUGUACACGUGUUCACGGCUGAGCAGUACCAGCAGCAUCAGGAGCAGCUGGCCCUCAUGCAGAAACAACAGCUGGAGCAGAGUGAGCAGCAGCAACAGGCCAAUGACAAGGCAUCAUCUGCCAGUGCACAAGGCCUGGUGUCCAAGACGCUAGACCAGGCCAGCGCACAGUUUGCUGCUUCGGCGCUUGUCACCACCGAUCAACUGCUGGCCUUCAAGUCCAAGGAGGAGCUUGUGCUGGCUAGUGGUGUCAACGGGGUGCUAACAGGCACAGGUGUGUUCAAGGGCUUACACCUCUCCAGCACCACCACAACUACUCACCACGCUAACCAAUCCACACCCUCUAAUACCACGUCCCCUGCCCCCAGCCUUCUCCAGCCUCCCCUCAACUCCACCAGUCUUUCCCCCGCGACCCUCUCCUCCAACCCAAACGCCCAUGCAGCGGCGCUGGGGAUCUUGGGCUGCAGCUCCGCCAACUCCACCCCCACCACCACUCAGGUCCUGAUUGGGAACAACAUCCGUCUGAGCGUGCCGUCAGCCACCAGCCUGGCCGGACGCCACAUUCCCCGGCCCCUCGGCAGCGUGCCGCCCUCUGCCUUAAAGCUGGCCGCCGCCACCACCAACCUCCAGAUACCCAAGGUCUCUGGAACAACAUCCAUGGACAUGGGCUCAAGGGAUGGCCACGACCAAGACAAGCCGGCGCUCAACAGCAUAGCAGACAACACAGUGGCCAUGGAGGUGACGUAGUACCAGCCCCAGCGUGCGCCACAGCAGCUGUGCAUCAUAGUUUCUGGAACGUAAAAAAGGGAUGGCUGGCACAGACUCCCCGACACAGACAGACUGACACAGCGGGCCUCUGCAGCGACCCGACUGCAAUUCUCACUGCGCGGUUUUUAAUUUUUUGUUUUAUCAAAAUUUUGAUUUUAUUUUUUUUUUCCUCUUUCGCAUUACUGUUGAGAGACAAGAAUGAAUCUGUAAAUUAUGAAUAUUGCAAAAACUAGUAUCUGUACAGUAACUACAUAUUUGUAAUAUCCCCACACACAUCCACACCCCCCACCUUGUAUAUAUGUUACUUGAAUACAGAACUGUCCAUUUGUGAUGUUUUGCACUUGGGAGUCGAGCCUAAAAGAGAAGAUUCGGGGGGGGGGGGGUAGAGUAACCUGUAGAGAGAGAGAGAGAGAGGUGGGGGAGUUGUACAGAGAAGUGUUUUUAUCACAUGCAUGGUGCGGAGCCUGCUGUUUUUAUCUAUUUAUUGUGCUGUGUUUACAGAUUUUUUUUUAAUUUUUAAUUUUUAAUUUUUUUUUUCUUUUUUUAAUUUGUACACUGUACCUUCGUUGGUUCCUGUGCUGUAGUAAAUGUAAGGUAGCUACGGACUCCUGGGUAUUUUUGUAUAUCGUGAACACAAAGCAGGGUUUGAUUUUAUUUUUUAUUAUUUUGUUUUUCUGUUUAAUUUUGGGGGUCCCUGUGCUUCUCUCUGUUGAUCAUGUUGGAUAUCAGUGUCGACCUUAACGCCCAGACUGCCGGGACGGAGGAAGGGAGGCGGCGGCGGUGGUGUUGGCAGGCUGGGCUCUUCCAUCGUCCAAACACCAAUCAACAAAACAGGGAUGAAGUCUCUCCCCAGAAGCCUCUGCUGCUUCUGAUUCAAAGCACUAUUAAUUUUUGUGAUUUUUUUUUCUUCUUCUUUUUUUAUUAAUGCUGCUUUUAAUGAGAUUUGUUAAGGGGUUAUCCUCCAUUUUCAUGCAACGGGAAUCCCCCCCCCUUUCUUUUUUUUUUCAUUUUGUAAACCCUUAACUUUUUUUGUAAAACAAAAACUGAGUUAUUUUUGUAUUUUCUCCUGUUCUUGUGGUAAACCUGAUUGUAAGCGUCUCGUCUCUUGUAAGACUUUCACUCUUUCGUUACUCGUUCAUGCAUAGGUGAUAAGGGAGGUGAAUGGCAGUAAUUGCUGUAUGUGUUUCAUCAUUCCAGAUUUUUUUUUUUUUCCAACAAAAAAAAAAAGAGGGUGAUGGAGGGAACGGCUUCUUUCCUCUCCCUUUAUUUCUGGUUGUUUUUUCUCUUCCCCCCCCUUUUUUUUUUUUCCUUUUUUUUUUCUUUUAAAAAGAAUCUCCAGACGGCUGCAAGGCCAAAAACCACAAGUAUUGGGUGCCUUCCUUUGGGGAAUUAUUUGUUCUCUCUUCUGUGAAGAGUCAGGCACAAAGACGGCGCUACUUAGUAGCGCUUCUCAUUUGUGUUGGAAUCUGAAUGCCCAGUCCAAUGGCAGGAUAUAUAUCUCUGAGGUUUACUUGUCCCACCUGGAGGCUGAAAAGACUUAAUAAAAAAAAAAAUUAAUAAUAAAUAAAUAAAUUUAAAAAAAAAAACAGAGAAGAAAAUGUGACGAAACUCUCACUAAAAUAAGACAAUAAAGCCCAGGGCAUUAAAU